ACUGAGCACUGCAGAGCUCAACUCACACUCAUCACUCCUCGCCUUCGAGCUACCUUUUGCUAGUAGCGAGCGAGGCGUCGUGUUGGGUUAGGGAGAGACAGAGCGGGAACAUGGCGGCUCAGGGAAGGGGCAGUGCUGCUCGUGGCAGCAGCGGCGCCGCCGCGGUGGCCCUGGUCCUCCUCUGCGUGCUCCUCCACGGCGAGGUCGCCGAGUCGGCGGUGUACACCGUGGGCGACCGCGGCGGCUGGGGCUUCAACUCCGCCAGCUGGCCCAGGGGCAAGCGCUUCCGUGCCGGCGACGUGCUGGUGUUCAGGUACAGCCCGAAGGCGCACAACGUGGUGCCGGUGAGCGCGGCCGGGUACAACUCGUGCGCCGCGCCCAGGGGCGUCAGGGCGCUCACCUCCGGCAACGACCGCGUCACGCUGAAGCGCGGCGUCAACUACUUCAUCUGCAGCUUCCCGGGCCACUGCCAGGCCGGCAUGAAGGUCGCCGUCACCGCCGCCUGAGUCCGGCAGGCCGGCCGGCCGGCCGCCGCCGCCUGGGCUAGACCGCUCUCGCCUGAUUUCUCAUCCUGUCCAAACUUAAGUGCUGCAACUAAUUAGACGGUUUCCUGUACGUUGUUGUUCAAUAAUAUCAUGUCGUCGCGUACGGCGUGCGUGCGUGUUAGUUGUUAGGUGUUGACAGAUUGGCUGGCGUCUGUAGAGGAGGAGGACCGAUCGACCGAGCAAUGUACGUAGUACGUACUGAUGUGUGUGCGCGUUGAUGUGAGGUGAGGAGGAGCAAUAAAAGCAUAUGUAUACGGCUGCGUUUGUUUAAUUUGGGCUUUAACUUGGUCGUC